AUGUCGGCCGACGACCAACAGUUCUUGGACCUGCUCUCGUCCCUCCCCAACCAGAUCCGCCGGUACUCUGGCGAUGUCGCCGACUACAUCGAUAAGGCCGUCGAGCAGGCCGCCGACAAUGUGCGGGACAGUCUCUCCUCCACUCCCUGGCUUCCUGACUACGUGCGACCGAAACCCCCGUCGAAGCCGCCGCCUGUGGCUAUCGUGCCCAUGACAUCCUUCGAACGGGUACAGGACUGGGUAGUCAGGCACAAGGUGCUCAGCGGCGUCAUUGUGUGCGCCGUUGGGUACGUGACGUACAGGACCGUACGAAAGAGCAAGCUGCUGCGCAAGUCUCGCCGGGCAAAGCGCGCUCGGAACGGUGGACGACUGGAGGUCGUCGUCAUAGCCGGAUCGCCAGCCCUGCCCCUGACAAAGUCGCUGUCGCUGGACAUGGAGCGGAGAGGUUUCGUCGUCUACAUCGUGUGCAGCACCAUCGAAGACGAGCUCGCAGUGCAGAACCUGUCGCGGUCGGACAUCAAGGCGCUCAGCAUCGACAUCACCGACCCCCCGAGUGCAGGUGCCUCGAUUGAACGCUUCGCUUCGUAUCUACAGACACCACAUGCCGCCGUACCGCGAACGAGACCGAACUAUCUCACCCUAACAUCCGUCAUCCUCAUCCCGUCGCUCAACUACCAAACCUCGCCCAUCGCCACCAUCCCGCCGUCCAACUUCGCAGGCCUCUUCAACACGCACCUACUACAUCCCAUCCUCACCAUCCAGUCCUUCCUCCCGCUCCUCACAUCGCGGAUAACGCCGCCGCAAUCGUCCCACGGCGAAAGCCAACCACCGACGCCCACGACACCGCGGGUCCUCGUCUUCACGCCGUCCAUCAUCUCGUCCAUCAACCCGCCAUUCCAUGCACCCGAGGCCACUGUCUGCUCUGCCCUUUCGGCCUUCACCGAGGUGCUGACGGCCGAGCUGCGCCCACUCGCCAUACCCGUCACGCACAUGCAGCUGGGCACCUUUGACUUCGCAGGCUUCACCCCCACGACGCGGAGCGGCCCCCAUAACCCGGGGCUGCUCCCGCCGGCCGAGACGCUGCAGUGGCCCGAAGCGGCGCGGCAUACAUAUGGUCGCAACUACGUGUCGCAAUCCGAGUCGGCCAUAUCGGCUGGGCGUAUCCGCGGAUUGCGCGGUAGUUCGCUACGUGAGCUGCACAAUGCUGUAUUCGACGUCGUCGAUGGAUCGGAGAAAAGCGACGUGGUCAGGGUUGGCCUCGGCGCAGGCCUGUACGGCUUUGUUGGGCGGUGGGCGCCGCGGAGCCUCGUCUCGUGGAUGAUGGGCAUUAGAAGGGUAGACGAGCUGAGCACCUGGGAGGGCGGCUCAUUGUACAAUGGAAGCGGCAGUGAGCGGAGCCGCAGCACGAGCGGGAGCGAAAGUGGCGAGGCCGGCGAGUUCAUCGAGGUCGCCAAGGGGGACGAGAGCGGCAUCAACGUUUGGAAAGAGACUUAG